CCAAAAACUAAAACAAUCAUUCAGGUUUUUCAAAAAACUAAAAUAUACUGCAAAAUCAAAAACUAAAAUCAAAAUCCAAAAUCCAAAGAUCAAAAAUCAAAAUCCAAAAAACUAAAAUCUAAAAACCAAGAAAAACAUCAUCACAUGAAUCCUUUUGCAGCCAUCUGAUCUGAGAGCAAUUUGAUCUUCUGUUGAAAUUAGGUACUAUUAUUAUUAUCAGAUCAUGUCAAAAUUUAUGUUAAAAGUAGUUAUAUUUAAUGGAAGUGACAGUUUAGAUGAUUGUUGGUCAAAUAAAAAGUUUCUAAUUUAUGUAAACUGCAAAGACCGUCAGCUACAAGGAAACCAAGUUUCAAUCUUACAACAUAAACAUUAAAGAUUCAGACACAACUCCAUAAGACAAAUCCUCUUAGUAGAUGACCAAGGGACAAAUACCUUGGUAAACAAACAGAGUGGGACAAAUAACAAAAAAAAAAAAAAAAGGUCCACAUAAUCCUACUUCAUAAUAUAUUCUCCCUACUGCACUAAGUUUGUUGUGUACACAGUUUUUCUUACAGUUUAUUUGGCCCGUCCUUUACCUCUUCCACUUCCUUUAACACUAGGUAAGUAGUCGUCUAGACCCUAAAUAUAAUCUCUAAACUAAAUUAACCGUUAAUUUAAUUCUAAGAAUACAAAUAAUACUACAACAUAUGUUGACAAACCCUAAACCAAAGAAUAUCAUGAUUCAUUACUUUCACUCGUCUAUGUUGAAAACAAUUUGAUUUUAUUAUAUUUUAAUUUAUAUCACUUAAAACUGUUUAUAAUUAUAUGAUUAUUGUCUAGACGACUUACAACAUCUCAUAAGAUAAGAUUCAGAAGACUUUUCAGGGCUAUAUUCAUAAAUAAAAUCGGUAUGUAUCACAGGAAAAAAAAGAAAUAAAAGAGCUAAUUGAGGAUUGGGCUUGAGUUUGGGCUUCAUUGUGAUUGGUUGGCAGGAAAACUCUGACAAAACCUAGGGCAGUGUGUCUUCUUUCUUUCCUUUCUCCUGUUAUGGCCGCCUAGGGUUUGAUCAUUUUUUUUGGUAAUUUUUAGGGGAAGCGAUUCUCAGUAUAGAAUGGAUUCCAUGAGGGCUGAUCUGAUUCGGGGUUUGGAAACUAGUCUCCCUACAACUUUCGACAGAGAACAUUUUUUUGCAUUACUUGUUAGUGGGGACGUCGAUGGAGCCGAGGAGUAUCUGUCUGUUUUCACCACACAGGAUUCAAAUUAUUACUCAAACCUCAUGUUCUACUUUGUUAAGAGGCAGAGAUUCUUCAAGUUUCUUGUCGAAUGGGAGGAUGCUAGAGAUAACGGAUACACUUUUGAUAUCCUUUCGGUUGCAAUUUUUUUCACUAGUGAGAUGUUUACGAUGAUGAAUCAACUCAUUCCCAUGAACCCAGAUCUGCACAAGAAAGAAGAAGGAGAAGACAUAUCUUCUCAAAUGCACAAGUUACAUUUACACGACAACCAGACAACCAUGCUUGGUGUGGCCGGACCAGCAGCUGUAGCCUUUAACGGUGGAGAGAUUAAUAAGGACAACUGAUUCAAGGACUCUCCCAAGUUGACCAUAUAUAUAUGGUUGCUCUACUGUAUGUUCUGUGUACUGUGAAAUUUCGUAUUUGCUUAUUAUAACACAAAAAUAAUUAAGGUUCUUUUGAAUGAGAGUAUUAUGUCCAUGAAAGACACUUUUUUGUAUUAGUGAUAUCUCCGAAUCACACAUGUGGGGGACAACAUAAAAUAGUUUCAGGUUCCAAAUUUAGUUAC